AUGAGCCAACCAACAGGGGCACAGGCUGUUGCCAGAGCUCUUAAGAAUCUCGGUGUUACUGUCAUCUUCGGCCUAGUCGGCAUUCCUGUUAUUGAAAUCGCGGAAGAAGCCAUAAACCUGGGAAUACGGUUUAUCGCGUUCAGGAACGAGCAGGCAUGCAGCUAUGCGGCAAGUGCGUAUGGAUAUAUUACUGGGAAACCAGGUGUCUGCUUGGUCGUGGGAGGCCCCGGAGUACUGCAUGCUAUGGCUGGAAUUGGAAACUCAAACGUGAAUGCCUUCCCGCUGCUGAUUCUCGCCGGAUCAGCGGAGACUACCCUAGUCACUAAAGGAGGAUUCCAAGAGAUGGAUGCGAUAUCGUUACUCACUCCGCAUACCAAGCUGUCUGUCAGGCCUAUAUCAGUAGACUAUACCGAGAACGCCGUAUACGAUGCAUAUAGGACAUGUUGGUACGGCCGCCCAGGAACAACCUUUGUUGAUCUACCAGCAGAUUUAAUCCAAGGGAAGGCAGCUGGAAGCUUGCCGUCUGCAGGUCUUCAGCUGGUUCAUGCACCCCCAAAGCCUGCCGGAGACCCAAGCGUUAUCUUCAAAGUAGCCCAACUUCUCCGAUCUGCCCGGGCACCCUUGGUGGUUGUCGGCAAAGGUUCUGCAUAUGCAAGGGCUGAAGAGUCCAUUCGCAAGCUGAUUGACACUGCACGCUUGCCGUUCUUGCCAACCCCAAUGGGAAAAGGUGUUGUACCUGACUCUCAUCCGCUUAAUACCUCAAGUGCACGAAGUGUUGCGUUGAAGAACGCAGAUGUUGUUCUGCUUCUUGGAGCUAGGUUGAAUUGGAUACUACACUUCGGCGAAGCUCCCAAAUGGUCACCGGACGUUAAAAUCAUCCAGGUUGACAUACAUGCCGAGGAAAUCGGUCGCAACUCUGGAAGCGGUGAACUGGGCAUAGUUGGAGACAUAGAGCUAGUCGUUGACCAGCUCAUCAAGUCCCUCGGAGACUGGCACUAUCAACCACCUAAUUCACCUUCCUCCUACCCUUCCCUUAUAUCUGCCUCUGCCACUAAGAAUGAAACCAAGGCCCAAGAGAAGGCCCUUCAGACCACCGCUGCUGGGGAAUAUUUGACCUUCCAACGCGCAUUUCAUAUCAUCAAAACGACACUCAACUCGCUCUCUCCUCCAGAAAAUGGAGAUAUUGUGUACAUUUCUGAAGGUGCAAACACCAUGGAUAUCUCUCGUUCUGCAUUCCCGCUACAACAUCCGCGUCAGAGACUAGAUGCUGGCACAUAUGCCACCAUGGGUGUUGGGUUAGGGUACAUUAUCGCUGCCCAUGCAGCUUAUAAUUUACCCCAACCUCAAGGUACACUUGAAGCACCAUCACCGAAGAAGGUGGUCGCCUUAGAAGGUGACAGUGCGUUCGGGUUCAGUGCCAUGGAGGUAGAAACACUUGCUCGACACCAGAUUCCCGCCUUGAUCUUCGUUAUGAACAACUCCGGCAUAUACCACGGUGACACCAAGACAGAAGACGACUGGCGUAACAUGCAGCAGGCCACCCUCUCAAACGAGACAACUUCGUCUUCAGCCGAAGACAAGAAGGGCCUUCGCUCUACCAGUCUUUCAUAUGAGACGAGAUAUGACCGUCUGGCAAGUGUGUGUGGCGGACAGGGCUUCUUCGUGCGCAACGAAAAGGAGCUAGAAGAUGCAACUAGAGCAGGCUUCUUGGAGGAGCAGAAGUUUACCAUUGUCAAUGUCAUUGUUGAACCUGGCAUCGGACAGUCCAUCGAAUUUGGUUGGCAAGCUGCGAAGAAAGACAAGGGACCACAGGCAUCGAAGCUGUAG